AAGACCCCCAGCCGGUCCUGCUUAUAUAAUCCAUAUGCUUUGGCGGGGUGGCUCGGAGGCCACAACCGAUCUGCAACCUCCGGACUAACCGUGUCGGGAGAUCCCCACCAUGGAGUGACACAGGGCGCCGGUGCCCCACUGGAUGUUCGGGUAACGCGUUAGACUCACGCCUUCCGCCUUUCAAUUCUUCAUCAUCAUCAUCAUCAUCAUCAUCAUCAUCAUCCGGCUCUAUCUCCCACUUUCCUUUCACAUGGCGGAGGAUCUAAGCGGUCCUCCUAAAUACUGUUCUGAUGUUCUAGACCUACCGCCUUUAGAUCCCCCAGUGUCCGUUGCGGAGUCUGAAGCAUCCCUGCACUUAUACGAUUCCCUGCUAAGUGCCAACUUAAGUUUCCCUACGGCAUCUCUGCCCCCGGCAGGUCCAUUCGAGAUAUGCCCGGUUUGUUAUGAGCAUGUUUCAUUGGCUUCAGCCUGUUCAUGCUGGGAGCUCUUCAGCGACACCAACUUCGCGCAAAGCGCACCGGAAGCAGGACAGUUUCUCCACAUUUCCCACGAUAUCGCGGCUUCGAAUGAUUCCCACGCGGCAGAUGAUUUCAGAUCUUCUGGAGGUCGCUCGAGAAGGAAGAAGAAAUACCACCGCCUAUCGAAGGAAGCGGUGACAGCCUUGCGGUCAUGGCUCUACAACCAUCAAGACUAUCCCUACCCCACCAAGGAGGAAAAAGAUGCCCUGCACCAGCAGACGGGACUCCACCAAGCUCAGAUAUCCGACUGGUUUAGCAAUGCACGACGGCGCACCUUGGUCAGAGGAAGUGCGUCCCAGGCAGUCGGACAACCGGCACCAGCGGCUGAUCACUCUCUACAAUCGCCCAUGGAAAGAUGGAAGAAUUCCCCGCCAGGCAGUGAGGCGGCUGCGACCUCGGAUAUAAUGCGAGCUUUGGAUAGCAUAGAACAUCCGGAUGAGGAUGAGGAGAGUGCAGGAGACCCGGCGUCUCAAUAUGCUUGGUCGAGCCAUAGUUCCAGUAGCUCGUUUGUCGUCGGAGCUCCAUCUAUCAGCACGCUGGGUUAUAGCCAUUCAUCGGGCUCCGAUGCUUCCUUGGGCCACCACACACACUAUCAGCCUGUGCGACGACCGCCAACUCCCAUGAAUGGUCGGCUAUCUCUGUCUGGUCGUCGCCAUCGCCGUCGUCAGAAGCCUCCACGUCCCAACGAUUUCCAAGCACAUCGCCAAACGAGGGAAGACCGUCCGUACCAGUGCACAUUCUGCACCGACUCUUUCCGCGCGAAGUAUGACUGGGAGCGACAUGAAAAGACUUUGCAUCUGCCUGUGGACCUAUGGAGGUGCGCCCCCGACGGUGGCAUCGUUGCUGUCGAUGGAACCCGGACUUGUGUGUUCUGUCAGGCCCCAGACCCGGAGACUGGUCAUCUUCUCGACCGACACGACUAUUUUGCUUGCCAAUCUAGGGCAGACGGGCAACGGACGUUUUCCCGCAAAGACCAUCUACGGCAGCACUUGAAACUCACGCACAGUGCGGAGUAUCAUUCCGGCAUCAUGGAUGGAUGGCGAGCAUCGCGCACCAUUGUCUCCCGCUGCGGGCUCUGUGACGCGACCUUUGCAACCUGGAAAGAGCGCGCGGAUCAUGUUGGAGCCCAUUUCAAGAAUGGCGCCGAUAUGGCGGAGUGGAAGGGUGAUUGGGGGUUUGCGCCAGACGUGCAACGGUUGGUUGAGAAUGCCAUGCCGCCCUAUCUUUUGGGUCACGAACGGCGCACAAUGGACCCUUGGAAAUCGUCCGUUGCGCUGCUGGAAGGCAGCGUUCCCGAACAGGAGGACACACUGGGUUUUUCCUACAUGUCGAUCGGGAAUGACAUUCCCAAUGCCUUUAACCGCUACACGGAUUUACGUCGCGCCCUGAUAGAUUACAUUCAUAGUGAGACUGCCGCUGGCAUCUGUCCCACGGACGAGAGGCUACAGCAAGUGGCUCGUCAAUUUUCCUACGGUGGGAAUGACCCGUUGGAUCAGACAUAUGCGGAUUAUGACCCCUUGUGGUUAGAGGCUGUCAAGCAGGAGGCGGGCCUCGGCAGCAAGCCGUUUGUCCCGGAAACACAAUAAUAAGAAGCUUUGAUGUGCAGUCCGCUCGGGCCACCAUGCCUUGAAUGAGAAGGUCGAUCCACCAAUUUGAACGCCAGAGCAGUGAGAAGAUGGAAAUGCAAAUGCUCAGCGAUUUUGCAUGACGGCUUCCUCGGCCAACAAGAAUGUAAAGGGGUUAUACCAUGCUUUCGAAGGUGAUAUGCCUCUAAGUGGCCGACUACUUCGCCAACGGUCACUCAUGGAAACUCCCAAAGUCUACCCUGCAUAGCUCGCGGAUGCUCAGUCUCGCACAGA